AUGCCAUCACCUCCUCAACGAGGCUUUAGCGGAUCUUCAUCAUCACAGCAGCCAAAUGUUUCGCAACACUUGAAAAAGUUUUACAAUUUGCUUCGGGAUGGAGGACUGAUUGGAUUACCACCCUAUGAAAAGGUUCAAUUCACUUCCAUAACGAUUAAAGCAAAUACUAGUGGCAACAGUUACUCAAAGAAGAAUCGAUCGGGAUCCUCGUCGAGUAGUGCCAAUUCAUCAUCACCUUUUGAAUCCAUCAAAGCGUUGAAAGUGAAGGACGCGAUGGAUUUGAGAAGGCAUAUCGAGAAAGAAGUUGCUCGGACCAGUAAACGCGAAGUUGAAAACUUUUGCUUUGCACUCGAGUCCAUGAUUGCUGAUGAGUAUUUCUUUUCAUUGUGCUUGCUUCCAUUUGAAAGUGGAGAAGGAAAUGCCAGCUUCUCUUCGAAUGAAUCCUUUUUCAAAAUGCUUCUCAACAUUUCCACCAUUCAGAGCAGUAUUUUCGAUGUGUUAUUCAAACAACUCUUAUCCAGGUGUCCCAAUUACGAGGAGGAUUCCUUUGAACAAUGGGAUAGAAAUUUACCCAAGCUCAUCCUUUCGCAAAUGCGUUGGUUGGACAUGAUUUCAGAUCCCAAAUCAUUAACAGAGCAUAUUGGAACAAUUUUAGAGGUUGCUUCUACUGAUUUUUCAAAAGAGAUGAUUACUGCAAUACCUGAAAUUAUUGAUGAUUCAGAACAUGAUCAUGUUGUGGAUAAGCUCGAUCAAGUUAUGCAAGACAAAACAGAAAUGACAAGUUGUGUCAUUGAUGCCUUGUCAAAUUUAAAUUUACAGAAAGAUGUUAUGGACAAAACGACCGAACGAGUGUUGAGAAAUUUAAAUUCUGCCUCAACGGACGACUUGCCCGUAAUUAUUAGAUAUCUAUUGCAGUCUGCGAAUGAGGAAAAUAUUUCAAAUGUGGUUGACGGAAUAAGGAAGGAUCUUGACGUUUCUUCAUUCACAAUUCAAGAUGAUACGCAAGACGACGACGAAGAUUCAACAACUGCCCGAAAAAAUAAGGGUAAAGGCUCAUCAGAAUCGAGAUGCGAGUCUCUCAUUAUCAGUGCCAUGGCUACUGGAAUUAGACAUCGAAAAAUUAUUGAGAAAAGUUUCAUUCAAACCAUAUCUGCUUGCGAAGAAGAGCACACCAUUGUAGAUUUGUGGAUUCUUUUUGCAAUUUAUUCAAUGCCUAACUAUAGAAAAGAUGCAGAACAGGUUCUAAAGAAAAAGAUCAAAGCGAAAAGAAUCACAUCAGAACUCUUAAAAUCAUCAAUUGAGAAUCAUGGAGAAGCAUUGGAGCAAUAUUUUUCCUCUCUCAAUGAUUUGGCCAGUACCUUGUUACGAAACACGAGUGAUUCUUUAAUUUCUCAAUUCGCUAUGGAAAUGUAUUUUUGCAUGUUUUGCUCGUUCAAGGCAGAUUACAACAAACAGAAAGUCAUUCAAUCUCUCAUCACACAUGUGGGAAGUAGUUCGAAAAACGAAAAAGAUUUGGCCCUUGAUAUUCUCUUAAUGAUUGCAACCUCCAAGUUGUCUCUAUUGAGAAAUUACUCGAGUUUUUUCCAGGUACUUUUAGACUCGCUUACGAAUUUAACAGAUGGUCAACUCAGAAAAGUCUACACCCUUUUCAGCAUGCUUGCAUACACCAAAACAUUGGAAAAUAGUACUCAGUCCGGCAUAACUAAAUCUACCAAAGACGAAUUAAUGAUUAUUAUUCGAAAACAACUCAGCAAUACCAAUACUGUAUAUAAGAAAAUGGGAGUCAUUGGAGUGUGUUCUGUAUUAUCCAUGCUUGGCUCAAGAGGUUCAGAAUUGCAGGCUCUUCCAUCACAAGCGAACGAUCAACAAGAUUUGAGCGAUGAAGAAUUCGAGGAAGCGAAAGACUUGUGGGACUUUGCUCUCAAAUGCUGUUUUCGUACACCAAUUUUCAAAACUAUUCUCUACGAUGAAAUGACCUUUGUAAUUUUAGAAAAAUCCUUAGAUCCUAAAUUGACUGCUGAAAUUAAGAAUCGAUUACUUCAUGACUUUUAUCAACGAUGUACAAUUGAAAAACCAGAUUUAAAAAAACAGAAAAGCCAAACACGAAAUCUCGAAUAUAGAGCCCAGUAUAUCGUGCAGGGAAAUAACAAAGAAGAUCCAAAUCAUCUCAUUAACAUUUUACCCUUGCUGGACAAUAAGAGAGAUGACACCCAUGAAAGUGUGUGGAAUCUUUUCUCUCAAUUUAGACUCAUGAGAGUCUUGAUGAAUAAGCUUGGAGAAGAGCUGUCUGAUGAUUUGGUUUCUUCUGGAGUUGUGCUGUUUGAUCAUGAAGAUAUGACUACUAACUUUAGAGACUACACCAAGAACGAGAAGGAUUUGGUAUGCCUUUCGUUGUUUUUUGCAAUCAAUUGGUUCAGAGAAUUGUUGAAUGGUUUUGCCAACGAUGAAAGUUGUAACGCUGCUCUUUUGGAACGCAUUGAAACUCUACAUUUUCUUGAGAAGCAUCUGGAUUUGUGCUUAUCAAAGCAUCCAUCAUUCCAUUUACCACAUUUUAACUUGUUAACACAACAAGAGGUUCCAACAAGCGUCAGCACCAAAAAGACCUCUUCCAAGUCGAAAAAGAAACAAAUUACCGCCGAAGAUGAUGAUGAGGAAGACGCAAUGGAAGUUGACGAAGAGAGCACCUCAAAAUCUACUAAGAAUACUGAAUAUUCAUCAACUCCAACCAAACGCAAAUAUCUAUCUCCACUUAAGCCUCACUACAGAGAAUUGGACCUUAAAGUCGUUCAUAUCAUUUCAAAGAAUGAAAAUUGCGAGAAGAAAAUUGAACCAUUACAUUUAUUCUACAUUUUAGAUGAUUUACAUCAAAAAUUGAAAAGUGUUAUAGCAAGAAAUAAGGUUUCCUUCUUUGCUUCCAAAGAAAAAGAAAACAUGUAUAAUUUAUCGAGAAUCACAACGAAAGAGUUCUUUUCUGAAAUUUUUGAAUUAUUACCUCAUCUUUAUAAGCAAAUACGAGUCAUUUCUGACAAAAGCGCAAGUAAUGACAGCUCACAAGCAGUCGAUGAAGAUGACGAUGAGGAGGCAGCAAAGAAUGGUGAUUUCAUUGUGCCUUCCUUCCAAUUACUGGUAGAUAUUAUUACCAAAACAUUGGAAUAUUUUUCGAGUGACAAGACUGAAUGUUCUAAAAUCAUUGACAUUAUGUUCAGUGUGGACUUUCCCAACGAAGAUAAUUCUAUCGAGGAUGAAGACAAGUGCACAAAACUUUUCGAAUCCAUUCGAAAAAUACUUGACUCUCUGAAGACAUUUGAAUCAUGUUACAAACUCUAUGAAUUGCUUAAAUCAAUUGCAUUUGUUUCUAACAUCAAAGGUCUUCUGAAAGCAUUGCAAGGAGUUGCAGAACAGUUACUCCAAACUCCAUUCUCACACGUCAAAUCAGACGCUCUAGGAAAUUUGAUCGAGGGUUACAUUACCUUGCCAGGUGGUUUAGGUCCUCUCGUAGAAGCUCUUUCGAAAAAGCUGAGUGACGAACAUUUUGGAGAUAAUAGCAACGUGUUGGAUCAAGAAUUUCCUACCAUUACCAAGUCAACCAUGCCCAUUAUCUUUAAAAGAUGUUAUUUGGUUCUCGGUAGAAAGUUAUUACAACAUGAUUUGACAGCAAAAUCAGACAGCAAGGUUUUGACUAAGGUUUGUCGCAUCCUCUUGCUGUACAAGAAAUUGACACGUCUCACUCGAAAUGCUACAUGCACACCUCAAAUCAUGCAAGCAACUCUGAUUGGCGCCAAGACCUUUUUGGCUAACUUUUUAAAGCUAAUCCGAUAUUUAGGAAAACAUAUUAAGGAAAAUCAAGAAGUUGUACUUGCUAUUUUCAAACACUUGAGAAAUGCCAAUUCACAAUUACAAGCCAUUUGUAGCAACAGAAAAUUAUCUCUCAAUAAGAGCUUGGCGAAAAUUAUCCCCAAAGUCAAGAAAGAUUUGGAGAGCUGCAACUUUAAAACAAAAGCUGCGCUCAAACUUAAUGGAAUUGACGGAGCCAUUAACAUUCAGGUCAUUUCAGAAAAAGACGUCACAGGUAAUUCAGCCUCAAGUCAACAUUAUUACUCACAAUUAAUUGUUGACAAGAAGAAAAAAGGAAAUGCGAGCGAUCAAGAAGAAGAAGAGGAAAUAGACGACAAUAACCGUGAAGAAGCCGAAGAAGAAGAGCAGAGCAAAAAGAAGCGAAAGAAAAGUCGUCCACUAAAAAGAAGACUCGUGACAAGGACAAAGAACCUCAAGAAGAAGAAGAAGAGUAGUGGUGAAAAGAAGCGAAAAAAGCCUACAACUAUAUUUGAAGAAGAAAAUGAAGAAGAAGAAGAAGACAACUCAAAGAUGGAACAACAGAAAAAAAAGAAAAAGAAUGAAUCCACAGUUGAUGAAAAUUCCUCAACAAAGAAAUCAAGUAAGGCCUCGACCUCCUCUAAAAAAUCCUCAAGAGAACAAGAUGCGUUCUUAGUGGAUGAAAGAUCAUCGUCGUCGGCAGAUCCAGAGCAAGAUCCAACAGAACAUAGCUUGGCACCACUCAGUCCUGAAUAUCCUCCUGAGAAUAGAAAGAGCAAGAUGUCUGACGAUUCGUUAGCAGAUUUCAUUGACUUUGAAAAUGAUGCUGAAAAAAGCAAUUGGUUAUCCAAGAAAAAGAAGCAGAGAGGCAGUGAAGAGGAUGAUACUGAAGAUUCCAAUCAUUCAGCAUUUGAUUUUACUAAAUCUCUUUCAGAUGAAAUGGAGGAAGACGACUUUGUAGCUGACGAUAAUAAUGAAGAAGAAGAAGAAGAAGUUUUUUAA